AUGAUGGCUACUUUACCAGGAACAGUGCCUCGGAUGGUGCGCCCUGCGCCAGGCCAGAACUACCCCCGAACCGGCUUCCCCCUGGAAGUAUCCACCCCUCUGGGCCAGGGUAGGGUGAACCAGCUUGGCGGUGUGUUCAUCAACGGGAGGCCCCUGCCAAAUCACAUCCGACACAAGAUAGUGGAGAUGGCCCACCACGGCAUCCGACCCUGCGUAAUCUCGCGACAGCUGCGAGUUUCACACGGUUGCGUCUCCAAGAUCCUCUGCAGAUACCAGGAGACCGGCUCGAUCCGUCCGGGAGCCAUAGGAGGCAGCAAGCCCAGGCAGGUGGCAACUCCUGACGUGGAGAAGCGGAUCGAGGAGUACAAGAGAGAAAACCCGGGUAUGUUCAGCUGGGAGAUCCGGGAUAAGCUGCUGAAGGACGGCGUGUGCGACAGAAGCACAGUUCCUUCAGGUGAGGCUUCAUCUGUGAGCUCCAUCAGCCGCGUUUUGAGGGCCCGAUUUGGCAAAAAAGAUGACGAGGAUGACUGUGAUAAGAAGGAUGAAGAUGGAGAAAAGAAAACAAAGCAUAGCAUCGAUGGCAUCCUCGGUGAUAAAUGUAACCGCACGGAUGAUGGUUCAGAUGUAGAUUCGGAGCCCGACUUGCCCCUGAAGAGGAAGCAGAGACGCAGUCGCACCACCUUCACCGCUGAGCAGCUGGAGGAGCUGGAGAAGGCUUUCGAAAGGACACAUUACCCGGACAUCUACACCAGGGAAGAGCUGGCUCAGAGGACAAAACUCACAGAGGCGAGAGUACAGGUGUGGUUCAGCAAUAGGCGAGCUCGGUGGCGUAAGCAGGCCGGGGCCAAUCAGCUAGCGGCCUUCAACCACCUGCUUCCUGGAGGAUUCCCACCCACGGGGAUGCCAACUUUACCCACAUACCAGCUACCAGACUCGAGCUACCCCAGCACCACGCUAUCGCAGGAGGGCAGCACAUUGCACAGACCCCAACCCCUGCCUCCAUCCUCCAUGCACCAGGGAGGUCUGAGCGCUGACAGCAGCUCCGCUUAUGGUCUCUCAUCCAAUCGCCACAGCUUCUCCAGCUACUCCGAUACUUUCAUGAGCCCCUCGGCAUCCAGCAACCACAUGAACCCUGUCGGCAACGGGCUCUCCCCACAGGUGAUGAGUAUCCUGAGCAACCCCAGCGCCGUACCCUCCCAGCCCCAGCACGACUUUUCCAUUUCCCCCCUGCACAGCAGCCUGGAGAGCUCCAACCCCAUCUCAGCCAGCUGCAGCCAGCGCUCUGACACCAUCAAAAGUGUGGACAGCCUGGCUUCCUCCCAGUCAUACUGCCCCCCCACCUACAGCGCCACCAGCUACAGCGUGGACCCCGUCACUGCAGGCUACCAGUAUAGCCAGUACGGCCAGACUGCCGUAGACUACCUGGCUAAGAACGUGAGCUUGUCCACCCAGAGGAGGAUGAAACUUGGAGACCACUCGGCCGUGCUGGGACUGCUGCAGGUGGAGACGGGUCAGGCCUACUAA